UGCGAGUGUUGGUUGCCGCCGUAUAGUCGCCGCCGUCGCCGCUCUCGCUGUCAAAAAAAAAAAAAAAAAAAAAGUCUGUUCAUGAUGGCUGUGCCGUCGCCUCGCAGCACGUUUCUGUGAAACAGACCCGAACAGGAGAGGUUUUAUUUUUUUUUCUAAACUGGAUUCCAGAACGGACGCGACCUUCCAGAAUAUUUCCUUAGUCUCAUCCCAGGAAAACUGAACCCCGGCGAAGAAGAAGUCGUUGUGUUUCACUGGAUUAUCGAGGUGUUAUUUCCUGUUUGUUUAUUUCGUUUCGUUUUUUCCCACGACUUUUUUUUUAUUCAUAUCCGCGACAGUGUUUCCCGGGACUGAAUACUUUCCUCGAAGUGGUACUAUGGCCCUGACCACAGCAGAAUUAGGGGAAGUCACGCCCCUGCCUCUGACCGUGUCCUCGGGACAAACGGCCGUCGAUCUGGAGCCUCACCACCGGGCGUCCUUCGAGGGCAAGACUCACCACCACCACAAUCACCACCACCAUCACCACAAUCACCACCAUCACCAGAGAGACUUUGACACCAGCUCCUUCGGGAGCGACAGCAAGUACUACCACAGCAGCAGCAGCAGCAGGGAAGGGAGCCCCCACGAAGCCAAGUACUCCCUGGAGGGCUCCAAGUCCCCCGCGGCGGCGGAUCUAGCCGCCGAACUCAAGAGAACCGAGAGCGUGAAGUUCGCCUUCGAGAACUACGAGGCCGGGGGCGGCGCCCUCCUGAGAGGGGGGCCAGGGGGUGUCGUCGUCGGGCCUGGGUCCUUGACUUCGACGAACUGCCCUUCGCACACCAUAGACGCCAUAUUGGGUCUCCGGAAUAGCAGUGCCCUGAAGAGCGCCGCCCCUUCUUCUUCCCCUCCGCCCUUAGCGCAUCUGCCGGGUCUGAACAACAACACCUCGACGGCCAAUAUGAACGUGUCGUCGGCGGCGCCUUCGCCCACCAACAGCAGCGGGAGCGGAGGAGGUGGAGGAGGAGGAGGAGGAGGAGGAGGUCGGCAUAGUGGAGGAGUAGGCGUCGUCGGCGGAUGUCGGGAAGAUGGUGGCGCCGAUACCGACGACUCAAGCGGCGCCAUACACGCAGAUUCUAUAGGUAGGGGAGGAGGAGGUGGUGGUGGUAGUGGUGGUGGAGGAGGAACAGACUCCUCGGGGAACUCGCAGGACCUGAACGGCGACGCCAAGAAGAAGCACCGGAGGAACAGGACCACCUUCACCACCUACCAACUCCACGAGCUGGAGCGCGCCUUUUUCGAGAAAAGCCACUACCCGGACGUUUACUCCAGAGAGGAGCUCGCCCUCAAGGUCAACCUCCCCGAGGUCAGAGUUCAGGUGUGGUUCCAGAACCGCAGAGCCAAAUGGCGCCGUCAGGAGAAGAUGGAGCAGGCCCAACUGCGCCUUCACGAGCAAUCCCUGGCCUCCUACACCGACCCAGCCGGACCCCCUGGCCCCCUGGACCACUUCUUCCCCUCUCCUCCCGGGCUCCCGGGCCUGCAGGGCACCAUGCCCUCCAUCCACAGCGCCCUGCCGACCAUGGGCGGCAGCGUCCCGUCCCUGCCCGGCUUCCUGACCCAUCCCCACGGACCCUACCCUUCGUACCUGACGCCCCCGACGUCCUCCGCCAUGAGCGUCGGCCCCCCGCCCCCUCCGACCAUAUCGGGGCCGUCCACCCCCGCCGCUUUCACGACCCCCCCUCUGCCCAUGUCUCCGCCCUUGCCCACGCCCCUCCAGGAGCGGUCCUCUUCAUCUCCCCCCCUGGGGGGUCCCGAAGACGACCUGAGGUCGUCUUCCAUCGUGGCUCUGAGGCUCCGAGCCAAGGAACACCUCGAAAGCCUCGUGAAGACCUCGGCUCUGGUCUGAGUCGGUGUUGUUUGCCCUCGCGUCGAUGCUCUCAGGUCAAGGGUCAAGGUCGUUCAAGGUCACGGCGGUGUCAAGGGUCAUAGGUCAGUUCCGGUUGGAGAUGGGGGGAGGGGAGGGGGGUUGGAUCACUUAGGAACCUUUUUGUAUGAGAUCGUAUUACCUAAUCUCUAUAAAUAUACAUAUACGUGUGCUUGUACCCGUGAUUAUGUGUAAAUAUAUGACAUGUAUACAUGCACGCAUAUGCAAAUGCA